AUGUCGGGGUUGGGUGAGGCGAGCAAGAAGCGAAGCUCGUUCUCAAUGUUGACGCGAAAAGACCUUGCACCCUCGACCAAGCAAGUGACGGAAGAGGCUGAGCUGGCGAACGGCAGAUUCAUUCCGGAGAGCAAGCGAGGAUGGAAGUACGAGCUUCCUUUCUCCCAGGCGGCGACGGCUUCGACCUCCAAGCUGCAUCACGUCGCCCAAUCUUCAGCGUCCGGAUCCACCAUUGCAGCUGCAGGCACCCCGCGGCGACCAAAAACGGCAGAUGUAUCGGAGCUUCAGAAGGACAAGUCCAACGGUCCUAUCACUGCUGCCUCAGGUGGUCCCGCUGGCGCAAGGUCCACGCCGGUCUCUCCAAAGAGACGUCCAGUCCCUCUCGCCGCAGCACCAUUCGACGAGACAUCUUCCGACUCGUCUUCUGGUGAUGAGCGGAACCGCAGCUCGUCGUCGGAAGAUGAGCUUCAAGCUCCACAUCAAGAGGCGCUCCAACAGGCGGAGGCCUUGAGAGACGGGGUGGAGCAACAGCGCCAUCACCAUCCAGAUGAUAUUGUGUAUCCGGAAUCGUAUCCGUGGAAGCCCUCGCGCCAAGACCCGCAGAUGCGGUUCAUCAAUCCAGCCCACCGCAACCCUACCGCCAAACAGGCGUUCUACGACACGCACUUUGGCUCUUCGUCCAACUAUCGAGGACUCCUUCCUGCAUCAGGAUCGAUUCUGAGCCUCAACAGCUCCAAGGCGGAUGCUCGACGACAGUCCGGCGAAAAGGGCACUGGAACGGGCGCUACCUCGGCAGAGCAAGGAGCCGAUGCGCAAUCCAAUGGCUUAGUUUCCACAGUGAUGAAGCCGUUUACUACGGCAUCCAAGCUCAUCACCAAGGCAAGGCGGAAGAGCGUGGGAACAAAUCUCGAGCUGCCAGAGUCUGCAGCCGCUGCGUCGACGGACGCAACCGUGCAGCUAGGCGAGGAGAAGCCGACACGGCCGCAUGCAGUGCCGCUCUUCCAUGCUGGCGGAGACGACCUGGCUGCACAGAGGUCUGGGUUCAGCUACGGUCUAUCCAUGGAAGACGCCGUUCAGGUCGAGGCGGUGGUGUCUCGCCGUUCGUCGCGCGAAGACCUGUCGUCGCCCGACCGGCUGGCUGAAGAGCUUCUCGAGCCCCGAACACAGGCAGCGUCGUCGUCCAAGUUGAAGGAAGCUAUGCACAGCGUCUGGGGCUUCCUACCUUCGUUCGACUUUCUCGCUUCGCCUCCGCCCGCCGAUGGAUCCAGCAAGGGGACCCCGUCCGUGAACCUCUUGGAAGCCGAAGCGAUCCCGUCUGUCAAGAAGGAUAGUGGUGCACCGGACUACUUCAAGAACCUGUCUGGCAAUGUGGUUCUCAUGGGUGGCUAUCGUGGCAGCGUGCUUCGCGAUGCCGAGACCAACAUGAUGAUGUGGAUCCCCAUCAAGGUGGGUGUUGGCCUGCGCAGGCCGACGCUCGAGCUCGGACUUUCGCGCGAAGCCGAGGAGCAUUCGGAGGAGCUCGUCUACUCGUCCGAGAUGUGUUCGCACAUAGGCAGGCUCGUCGACAUGGGCAAGCGCCUCGAGGAGCGUAUUGCCAGCCGACGUCACGCAAAGGUGUACUCGUGGGGCUACGACUGGCGGCUGUCUCUUGGACUUUCGUCUCGCAAACUGGUCGCCUUUCUCGAGCAGCUGUACGAAGCAUCUGCAGGCGAGCCGAGCAGGCGUCGAGGUGCCAAGGUCGUUGCGCACUCCAUGGGCGGGCUAGUAGCGCUGCAUGCACUCGCGACGUGCAAGGAUCCGCGCAUCUUCGAAGGGCUCGUGUUUGCAUCGACCCCCUUCUGCGGCACGCCCAACAUCCUCGGACCAUUCCGAUUCGGAGAUGCGGCGCUGUUCAACGACACAAUCUGCUCGCCCCGCGCGACGUUCAGCUUCCGCAGCAGCUUCUACCUCCUGCCCACCGACAAGCGAUGCUUUGAAGUUCCAGUCGGCGAACCCGAUCAGGACGAGGACGCACUGACGGAAGAGCAGAAGCGCCAACGCUUUAAGGACGUCGAUUUCCUCGAUCCACACGUGUGGGAUGAGCUCGGCCUCAGCCCUUGUCUCGAGCCUGGUCGUAGGCAGGAGAUCCUCGCCCUAGCGCGCAAGGGAGCAGACAACGGCACGGAGGCGCAUCCGGUCCAGUCCAGGCCGGAAAUGGAUAGCGUUGAUCCGGGCAAGCUCGAGCGGGAGACUUCCGAUGCCAUACAAGCAAGUGCCGAGGAAAAGCAAGCACCAAACGGUAUCGAGUCGCCCGACUCGAGCGAGGGCGUUGAACCGAACGGCUUGACGAUGGGUCUCGUGGAAGGCUUUUCUGACGGUGCUGCACUGACCGGCCAAGCAGGCGUAGCAGCUUCGCCCGACGAACAAGCGGCUCUGCAGCCCGAGAACCGCCAAGGGGCGCCGCGCAACGAUGCCACCGCGUCCGAGUCGUCCGCGCUCGCCUUCGAUUCGCUCGACUACCCCACGCAAAGCUGGGCCUACCUCGAGCGGACGCUCGGCGAAGUUCGACAGUUCUGGGCGGACAUCGAGUGCGGGUUUGACCCCGCAAAGCAAGCUGCUGGCCAGUAUCCUCCUCUGAUGCUCAUGACUUCGGGUCGAACGCCGUGCGUGCGUGGAGCCCUGGUGGGUGUCGACUCAGCAUCCCGUGGCGAGGACACGGAGAUGCAGGGCUGGAAAGACGAUGUGCGCGCCGGCGACUACUCGCGCAUGACCUACGCGGCCGGAGAUGGCGUCAUCACCCGUCGAUCCGCCACCACCCUCCCCGGUCGCUGGUCCACCCUCCUCACCAAGCGCUCCGAGGCUGAGACACUUCCACAUGACAGGUUCGGCAAAGGCCCACCUUUCACCUCCAAGCCGCCAGGAAAGGCCAGGCUGAAGAUGGAUCGAUACCGCAUGAGGUUCGACGGCGAAGGCAUCGUCGAAAGCGCCCACCGUCACGUCACGCUGCUUAGCGACGUAGACUCAGUAGGCAAAUGCCUCGAAGCCAUCCGCAGGGCCAAUAUCGUCCGCAACCGCCUGCCCCUCUCUUCCACCAGAUCUGCCUCUUAG